UCAGUAUUCGAUCAGGGGGUGGAAAAGGUACUUUUGCCGUGGCGGAAGCAGUCUUAUCUGAAUUUGGCGGGGUCGCGAAUAAGCUAACAGCCCAUCUGCACCUGUGCCAAUCCAAACGCACAAAGCGGAACCAUUGGGAUAGGUAGCCGGUGGUGAGAAGCUGACAACGUACGCCGUACAGUGAGACACCCGGAUCGCAGGAUGACCUUCGUCGGAAAUACUGAUUCUGUCUAUCCGAGCAUCGCUCAAUAGUCGACACCGCUAGAUUCCCUAGCCCCACCCUGCUCAGAGCCAUCUGGCCUACCCGCAUGAGCAUGAGCAUAAGAAUACUCAGAACGUAUUCUCGUCAACCAUUUGGCACGUCUCAAAUCGCAUGUUCAGUCAGUACACGCACCACCAUCAUAGCACGUAACUUCCGUCAUCAUGAACGCAUUUGAGCUACUCGUAGAAGACAUGAGGAAUGUCCUAGGCCCUUCGUCGGGUCUCGACUCGAGCGAUGUGGAUGUGCAAGACCUAACACACCUGCUGGAGCGGUAUGCGUCGAAUCCCCAGGAAUGGGCGCCGUACUACUGGCCGGACGACAAAAUGGCCUAUACUCGGAAUCUCGUGGAUGAGGGUAACGGCAAAGCCAACUUGCUCGUGUUGGUCUGGUCGCCAGGCCAAGCAAGCCAUAUACACGACCACGGUAACGCCCAUUGCUUAAUGAAGGUCCUUAAAGGAAACCUCACCGAGACACGGUACGGUUUUCCCGACGGCGACAAAGAGAAGCCCAUGGAGAUGACGUCGGAGCGUGUACUCAAGGAGAAUGGUGUCGCCUAUAUGGCCGAUGGGCUGGGAUUGCAUCGCAUGUCCAACCAGGGGAGCGACUUCGUUGUCUCUCUACACUUGUACACACCACCCAACGUAGCGAGACAUGGCUGCCACAUCUUCAACCCACGGACGGGAGAGAGGACACACACGAAAUGUGGAAACUAUUCGGAGUAUGGGCGGAAAUUGCAGAUGUGAUGCGAUGGAACUGUUUUCUUAGCAUAUGCUUGACGGGUGUAGGCAUCUUAGCGGAUAUUGUAGCAUAGUUAGCGGAUCAUAACGAGAAACGAUUUGACUCAGAAGGCACGAAGACUAUGACGAGGUCCAAAAAUGUGGGAGAGCUGUGGUCGGACAUGUCGAUGGUUGCGUGUUGGAACGGGUCAACGGAUGACUUGAGGAUCCAGUGAACAUUGGUUGGCAUGAUAGUACACGGCGGGAUAGUAUCAAUAGAGCGCCAAGAAUGAAAGCAACGUUUUCCCCUGAUCACUGAAGCCGUCGAACUGUGCACAUGACAUGAAGUGAGGUUGGGAUUAAGAAGAGAGCAUUGUUGAGCCUCAGGUUUCGCGAGAUAUUAUGGCAUUUGGUAUCACCUCUUGAUUAAGUCUAGUCUAGAUGGCGCAAUAUCAAUUCCGUUCAA